AUGCGGGACCAGAUCAUAGGCUUUUCGCUUCGAAGAUCAUCCCAAGACCUCAAAAAUGUUCUCGGUAAGGUACACUGUCGUCUUCAGAAAUCGUCUUCUUAUAACUUGUCGACAGGAUUUUUAAUAAAACUAAUGUCCGCUGUGGUCUUGAAUGCCGUGCAGAAGCUGAUCCUGUGUGUGGCAGCGACGGCGGUCGGAGCGGCUCGUCUCGGCUACAGCCCCUCGCAGGGGAGAGCUCCGGGCGGAGGAGCUGCCGGGUUUAGACCGUCGGGGCCGCAAGUUCCCAUCCUGAGAGAUGACCGCCAAGGACCCGAUGAGUUCGGAAAUUACAACUUCAACUUCGAGACUGGCGACGGCAUCAGCCGCCAGGAGCAAGGCGCUCCCCAGCCACCUGUAGGCGCCGUCGCUUCGCAGGGCGGAUGGUCUUUCACCUUCCCUGACGGAACUCCUGCCCGCUUCACCUUCACUGCCGACGGCGAGGGUUACCGCGUCGAGUCUGACCUGCUGCCCACGCCCCCUCCCCUCCCCGCCCACGCCAUCGCCCAGAUCGAGAAGGCUCGCCGGGAAGAUGCCGCGGGCGGUUCUGGGAACAGAUUUUCUUCCGGAUCCGGAUCCGGUUCGCAGUUUGGUGCUGCACAUUCGGCAGCUCUCGCGCCCCUCUGCCUCCCACACGCCAUUGCUUCCAAAUCUGGUGCUCCCUGGUACCUCAAACCAAAUAGAUAA